UUGCUGAGAGGGUGAGUGAGUGCGUUGGGGCGCGCAUCGGCAGAGCAAGGGUGUUUGGAGGUGUUUGGAGGCAGAGAGCGUCCAAAGAGCAGGGCUGUUUGGAGGCAGAGUCAGCAGAGCAGGGGUGUUUUUGAGGCAGAGAUCGUGCGGAACCGCGAUGCAGUGAGGCGGAAUGGCCCUAACUAAAUCGGUCACGUGACUUACGCAAGAUGGGAAGGCGGGAACUAAAGCGCAGCUCCGUGGGUGUCCCGCGCGUAGCACACCGGCCGCUCUGCGUUUACCCUGAGGAGCCCCCGCUGCUCAGCCCAGGACCGCCCGCGGCUCGGAGGACAUGGCCGACAGGUUCACCAGCUCAUUUUACUGCCCGAGAGAACUGCUGCACAAGUCAGCCUCAGCCCAUGCAGCCCUGCAAUGGGAGGGCGAGCAGGAGGCCCAGGGCAGUCUCCGGCACCCCCCGGCAGAUGGCUUCGUCCCCCAGCCCGACUACAUGGAUGCUGAGGAUGCCCAGGACCUCAUCAAGCCAAGGAAGCUGGUUAACCCCGUGAAGUCCUCCAAAAGCCACCAGGACCUGCACAAAGAGCUGCUCAUGAGGGGCGGCGGGGGGGCGGAGCCCAAGCCAGAGCUACAGCGCGUGCUGGAAGCCCGCAAGAGAGAGCAGAGGGGGCGGCAGAAACGGCAGGAGGAGGAGGCCAGGAGGAAGGUCUCCCCCCUGGAGCAGGAGCUCCUCAAGAGGCAGAAGAAGCUGGAGGAGCUGGAGAGGCAGCAGGAGAAAGAUCAGGAGGACAUGGAGAAAGCCCCCGAGUUUGUCAAGGUCAAGGAGAAGCUGAGACGGACAUCUUUUCAUAGUAAAGACGAGAAAGAAGUGUAAAAUGAUAAACCUGCUGCACACAGAUCUUGGGCGGGAGAGGUUUCAGGACACAAGGCGUGUGAUGGACACGUGGUGGUUCCUGGUGGAGCCUACCAGGCCAUGGGGCCCACAGGGCCUCUCGGCCCCCCCCUAGACUCACUAAACCAUGCCUUCACUCACACACUUAAUCUGACCUGCAGCCGCGCUGGGGAAAUGACCCCCAGCCUCCCACUGAUGAUGUAACCGUGAGCCGGAGGCCAGCUUUAGUUCAUUAGGAGGACUGAGAGCUUCCGGCCCAAACGCCCUGGCCCGGACUGAAAAGAAGGCCUGCCUACAUCGUGUGUCUGUGGGAACAAGGGGUCCUGGAGAAGAGUUGUGUGAGUGUGCUGUCAGAUGUACUAAUUGCCUGUGUAAAAGACACUUUUCAGCAUGGCCAAUAGCACUUUUGAACUCUUGAUACUAACUGAGUCUGAAUGCUCCGAUGCAGAGCUCUGAUCCAUGACCGUUAUUAACGAGAUAGGUAGGAUCACUUUGAAACAUGAAAGAUAAACAUUAAAACAUAUACGCUUGCGUCAAAAA